UCGCCAACAGGAUUGCCAACGUUCGAACAUAAUCUAUUUUAAGCCUAGUUCAUAAUGAUGUUUCGAAAUCUGCCUUGUUGUAAUUGGCUAAUAAUUUUUCUUCUAAUAAAUAAUAUUUAAAUAUUAUAAUUUACGUUAAUAAUUCUAAUAAAAAAUAUUCUGUCUUCUAAAAUAGAUAAUUAUACACUAGAGAGAUAAAUAACUAGAUUAAGUAGAUAAUAAUUAGGUUAGAUUCGAUUUUCAAUUAAUUGAUAUUUUGAAUUUAAAUAUAGUUGGUAACAACAGCGCCAAAAAUUAUUUUACGUUUGUUUCAGAAGCAAAGUGUUAAGAACAGAGAAAGGUUUCAAUUUAAUAAAGUUAUUAUCACAAUUAAAAACAUCAAUAAUGUCGGGCGUGUGUAAACAUGCAUUAAAAUCUUUGCGUCCUGGAAUGCAAAAUGCGUUUGUAAUCGGCAUAAUUGUAAACAGUUUUAACAUGAAAACGAUCGAUGCUACACGUACGAGAUUUAACAACGGUGAUCGAGGUGUAUGGACAUUUACGUUACGCGAUUCAAAAGAAGAUUCUAUAAAUGUAACUGUAUGGGGCAGUACCCUAUUUGUUAGAAGAUUAACUUCCACUUUUCAUAUUGGGAGCGUAGUGGAAGUUAUAAAUCCAAAAGUGUUGGAGCGGCGUUCAGAGGACAGGAACGAGGCGUUUGUACCGUGGGUGUCCAGCUCGUGCAGUCUAACGGUGAACGAGGGCAACUCGCUAGUGCAAAUUCAUGACGCACCAACACGCGCAGAAUAUGAACCUUUGCUGAUGCUCCCGAUUAAGAAGCUGACUGGCCUGCGAACUCUGAAAAGCAUUUUUGAAAACUUGGAUGCGCUACGCGAUCAAUAUGUCGACACCAUAGUAGCUGUUACUUUUGUCAGUGAUAUUCGAAACGCAGUAACACGCGACGGAAAGAGUAUAAAGUUUCGUAACUUUGAGGCAGUAGACGGAUCAACGGACAAAGUAGCGUCCUUAGUACUUUGGGAAAAUGAAUGGAUCGAAAGAGCUGCGUUAUGGGAACCAAAACGUAGUGUGCUUCUCCUCGUGGAUGCUCGUAUCGCGUACGAUAAUUUCAAGAAAAAAACUCUUUUAUCUAUAGCUAGAAAAACAAUGAUCACCGAGAAUCCUGAUAUACCGCAAUGCACAGCCAUAAGAAACACGGUGCAGUGUUAUGAUAAUGAUAUUAUGUCUGGAAAUUUCGCUACACCAAAUCCUGAUACAAUCACAAAUGUAAUGACCAUAAGAGAAAUUUCUGAAAAACUGAAUAAAAAGCCGAAACAAGGAGAAAGGGUUCAAUUCGCUACGAUUUUAAAGGCAUAUGUAAUGGAUAUAAAUGUGGAGACCUUAAGCCCUGGAAUACUAUCGAUUAGAUGCGCCUUAUGUAAGAAAGUCAUUGAUGAUAAUCGGGAUUCGUGUAUGAAUCUCGAAUGUCCAUCAGGCAAUGGAACUCGCGUGCCCCUAAACACGAUAAGCCUCAAUUUAAAAGUCAAUUUAAAAGAUAACACAGGUUAUCUUAUUGGCUGUCGAUUGUCCGGAGAUGCGGCUGAACGUGUUCUUGGUUGCACAGCUAAUGAGUUUCAGGGAAUGAUACUUCCUCAACGUACCGAAUUAAAGUGGAAAUAUAUGCUGGAAAAGUGUGACAUACGUUUACACGUACUUGGUCCUGCAGCCACGUUUCCGAAUGCUAUAUAUAAUAUUCUAUCGAUUUAUCGAAUUCAAGAAGACAAAGAUGAGGAUGAAGAUACUGGGCUGGUUAACGACCUUGUCUCGAACGACUUUUAAACUUCAUUCUUUAACAUUCUUAAAUAUCAAUAAAGCAUCAUUCUUAAAUAUUAUGGAAUAGAAUUGAAAUUAGCCAUUUAUAGUUUUUUUAAUAAUUGCAUCAUCUAUCAAACAUGCCAAACAUAACUUUAUGUUUUCGAGUCGCAUUGUGAAACAAUUGGAGGAUUUUUAAAAGGAAUAAUGAAUGAAACUACACAUUUUGUUAUAUAUGUCGGAUUAUCAUUAGAGUUAGGGGCGUAUAAUGAAUCUUCCUGUGAAUUGGCCAUCGUUGUAAUGUACUAUAGAUGAUAUCUUACUGAUACAAAUGUAAUUACUACAGUUUAACAAGUAAUAGCGGUGAUGAGAUAAUCGAGAUGUUGAUGAAAAUGAAUUUAGGUUCGAUAACGAAUCCACGGUCAACGGGAUGAUGAAUGCGAUUUCUGUCACAGCCUA